GUUGAGCCUAAAUGUGUUGCUCUCGGACUUCGUCGGUUUGUGAAACAAGUAUUUAAAUAAUUUCGUGAGCUUCCGUUUGAUAAAAUGGUUGUUACGUGUGAUAUUAGCUUCGAUAAUAAUAAGGAUGGCACAUUCUAUGCCGGACAGUUGGUUACCGGAUGUGUGACCCUAAAAUCGGAUAAAAUCAAGGAGGUGCAAGCUGCACUAGUCAAAGUCGUUGGUUACUCAAUUACGAAAUGGAGCGAACGGAAGAUGGCAUCAACAAAUCUGUUUGCCGGUCGCGAGGAGUAUUUAUCAUCGCAAACUUAUUUAUUGGGAUCUGAGCAGAGCAAUGACAGACAUGCCAUACAAGCGGGAGUACAUAAUUAUAAUUUUGCUUGCCAGCUGCCCUAUCAGUGUCCCUCGUCCUUUGAGGGUCGGUAUGGUUGUAUUCGAUAUAUAGUCAAGGUGUUAUUGAUCAGACCCUGGAAAUUUGAUCAGGCAUAUACACAUGGAAUUACAGUUCUUAAAAUGAUGGAUCUAAACACUGAAACGCCUCAGUUGAAGCGUACCGCCCACAGUGAGAACUAUCGCACAUUCUGCUGUGGACCCUGCAAAACGGAGCCCAUUAAAAUGGAGCUGAAUCUACCACAAGCAGGUUAUGUGCCUGGCCAGCGUAUUCCUGUCACAGUGGUUGUCAUUAAUAACAGCAAUGUGGCUGUCUCCGAGUUGCGACUUUCACUCGUCAUGUUGGUGAGGUACUUUAGCCUGACGCCAGAACAUUCGCGUGUGGAUAGAAUUGUAAUAUCCAAGGCCAAAGGUGAUUCUAUACUGCGACAAUCCACGCGAUCCCUGACAAUCGAUAUGGACGUCCCUAGCACACCGCCAACAUGUGUUGCCCUCUGCAAUCUGAUACAAAUCGCAUACCACCUAGAGGUGGAGGCAGUAAUCAAGAGCCUACGAGAGAAGCAACUGAUAACGAUGCCCAUCACAAUUGGUACCUUUCCUCUCGCCGUAGCUACGGAAAAUGGUGUUGUACGACAACAGCCACCAAGGCGUAGUGGACGUUAUGAGUUGCCGGAGAAUGAGCUGCCUGUUGUGAGAGCAAUAUCUAGCGAAUUGAGACAAGACUCUCGAGAUAUUGCUCCGCCCAAGUACGUGGAGUCAAAGCACACGUUGCGUGGUAAUAUCAAUGAGGAGGAGCUCCAUGCUUUUGGCCUCAACGAAUUUGCGCCCUUAUAUCCCGUUUACAGUAUUCCCAGUCCAGCGCCUGUUAUUUCCCCCAACAGUCAGAAUAUUGGAUUCGUUAACCAAAGCUUUGAAAAAUAAACUUUGUCAAGGGGUGCGUCGAAAGCUCUUGGCUGUGCUUUUAUUUGUGAAAUAUAUGUAUGUGUCUGUAAUACAGAUUUUGUAAAU